AUGUUCAUACCUAUACAAACGCUUAAUUUACUAUCAAAUAUAAUAUCCGAAGAAAUAGAUUAUGUCCGACCACACGAAGUUGCAGCGAGGGACAAAUUUACAAAAAUAUUUGGUAAUCACCUUUUAAAAGGAAAGAGAAACAAAACUAAAAAACCAAAGAUGAAAAAGAAAGAGAGGGAGAAACCAAAAUCUAAAGGAAACAGAUUUGAAAUUAGAAUAGGUGACACACAGAUUAAUAUCUCCCAGGGAUCCAUUGUUAAAGUUGAAACGCGGAACGAGACGUCUACGACAUAUAAUGUGUACAAGCAGCAGGAUUGUAAAAAUUGUGGAAAGCCAUUCCAAAAUUGGCCUUUUGACAGACCGUUUCCGUGGAAUUGA